AUGUCCGACGUAGAAGAACAAAGUCUCAGUCAAGGCGGCGAAUCUGAUCAGAGUUCGCAAGAGACAGACCAAGCAAUCGCGUUCGAGAUGGACCACGCCGACGCGUUUGAGCUUAACCCCCGCCCAUGGUAUGUUUUUGAGGCCCAUCUCGAUUACCACGUCCAACGGCGGCUCAAGCAACGCCAUGUUCAGAUGAUUGCUAUUGCUGGGACUAUUGGAACAGGCUUGUUCCUUGGUUCUGGUCGUACAUUGGGUGGCGCUGGCCCUUUGGGGGCCUUAAUAGCAUAUUUUCAUGUUGGCACUGUCGCGUACGCGUCAUUUUGUUCCCUUUGCGAGAUGACAACAUGGGCGCCCGUCUUGGGCACUUUCCCUUACUUUGCUGAGCGAUGGGUGGACCCCGCUCUUGGUUUCGCCGUUGGGUGGAACUACUUCUACGGCACUGCCAUCUCGACGCCCGUUGAAAUAAAUGCGGCAGUCAUCCUCCUCACGUUUUGGGAUAAAAAUGUUCUCUGUGUUUUCGCGUGUCUGGUGAACAUCGUUGGUGUUCGGUGGUUUGGAGAAUCGGAGUUCGCGUUCUCCAUGAUCAAAAUCCUACUGCUCAUCGGGCUACUUAUUUCUGGGCUUAUCAUUGACCUCAGAAAAGGCCCGGAGGGACACCGUAUUGGGUUUGGAUACUGGAAUGAUCCCGGAGCAGUUGCUCGCGCAGGGCUUGUGGAGAAUCUUCACACUGACCGAUUCAUUGCGAUUCUAUCCGUCCUUGUGCAAGCUGCUUUCUCGUUUCAGGGAAUGGAGCUGGUCGCAAUUGCUGCUGCUGAGACUGAAAGUCCCCGCCGUAACAUCACUAAGGCGAUGCGCCGGGUCCUCUUUCGCAUUAUCACCUUCUAUAUCCUAGGUAUCAUCAUGGUCGGAAUGCUGGUUGCGUACAAUGAUCCCGCCUUGCUUCAAAAUAGUGGCACUGCUGCUCAAUCCCCAUUCGUCAUCGCUAUCAAUCGUGCUGGGGUGAGAGUUCUUCCUCACAUCAUCAACGCCGCCAUUUUCUCGAGUGCCUUCUCAGCUGGAAACAGCUUCGUGUACUCUGCGUCUCGCAUCCUACACGGUCUUGCCGUCCGUGGCCAAGCGCCUCGAAUCUUUGCGUGUUGUACCAAGGAUGGACUUCCAAUAUACGCCGUUAUUGUUGCUAGCAGCUUCUCGCUCCUCUCCUUCUUGAACAUAUAUUCGGGACCUGAGAGGGUUUUCAACUGGUUUGUGUACCUCUCGGCCACAGCGGGCUUCUCUGGUUGGUUCUCGAUGAAUUUGACCUAUAUCUUUUUUUAUCGAGGAAUGAAAGAACAAGAAUUCGAUGUCGUGCAAAAUGCCUACCACAACCCGUGGCAGCCUAACCCGUGGCAGCCUUACCUGGCGUAUUGGGGUUGUGCAUGGUCGGCCAUCUUCGUGCUCAUCAAUGGCCUGACUGUUUUCUUUGGGAAAUUCAAUGUUUCUGGUUUUUUCGCUGCCUACAUCAACAUUCCAAUUUUCUUCAUUUUGUACUUUGGAUUCAAAUACACGAUGGGUACCAACAUUGUGCACCCGAGGGAUGGGGACUUCGUCACGGAUAUCCCCACACCAGAUGAGACCGAGAUACCAGAAGAUCCACCCAGAAAUGUUUGGGAACAUAUUGCUGAAUUUGUCUUCUAG